CCAGCCAAACUCCCCAGCCAGCCAGCAGGAACUGGCCCGCGGCGGGGAAGUCGAAGCUUCGGCUGUUUUCCCGCGAAGGCAGCGGCCGCGAGGCCCUGCGGACCGGGGCCUCUCGAAGGCUGCGCAGAAACCUCAAAUGUAGUUGGAGAUUCUCUGCCCUCCGCCUCCAGCCGAGGGAAAAGUCGCCCUGUUCUCCGUUUAUGCAGAUUUCUUUUCUUUUGCACGGUGGGUAAAUACUCAGCUCGCGGAGCAGUUUUAUUCUCUCGGCACCUGCAGAAGCUCAGCCGAUGUCCGAGCCGCCCCGUGCGCUCCCCCGUACCCACCAGGCGUUCCCCCGCCUCGACGGUCGGGCACUCCCAGCUUUCAGCGCCAAGUUCCUAACUGCAGUUAUCUUAACGGAUCCCAGGAGCUUCAGGCCAUGAUUUAAACGUGUGGUCUGGUUGCGAGAAGUCGCUUUGAAACGAGAAAUGAGAGCGUUACAUUUUAAAAAAGCCCACUACCUAUGGCAGAGGGGACCGACGCCACCCCUGUCACGGAGCAAGGCUCGGGCACGGGGCUCGGAAGCAAGCCCUGCCCCGGUCCCGGGGGCACCGGGCACACCUGGCCCAAGUAACCCGCCUGCCGCACCUGCCCCGUCACUGCUUCGCGGGAGAUGAGCCAUCCCCUCCCGCCUCUGGGCUCGGUGCCACCGGAACGACCCCGAAUUUGCAGCUGGAGGGAGAAGAAAUUUCUCCCGAAUGGCUACAGCGUAACUCCGCUCCCCAGAGACCCGAAACCGGGAGGAAAUCCACCUCUCUGCACGCCUCGGGGCUCUGUCACCGCCUUCAGACUGCCUGGGCUGGAGGGCCUUAGCACGAGCACGGAGGGAAAUGCAGAAGCGCACGACUUCCUCUGCUUCGGCAGCUGACUCAGGGCCCAGCGUUUAUCCAGGACCACCACCGAGCUGCUCCUUUCUCCACACAAAGCGGCAGCCCGCAGACGAACGGGAAGACCGUCGGCCACGCUCGCCGCGGGAAGGAUCAGCAGAAGGGAAACCCCGGAGGCUGGGGGCUGGUGGCGAGCGAGCAGCCCCCGGCCGCACCGAGGCGGGGUUUCGGGGCGCAUUCAACCUCCUGGCGGCCGCACGCUGUCCCCUCGCUGCCAGCCCGGCAUCCGCAGCGAGGCGCGGGGACGCGCGCCCGGCCUCCCCGGCGUCAGGUGGCGACGAACGGGCGUUUCUGCCGCACGCCGCUGACCCCCAGCCGUGCCGUUUUUCCGAACGGAGGCGGUGCCGCGGCACUCACCCGGGAGCUCUCUCUUCCCAACUCGCCGCGUUCGACAGCUCGAGGAGAACGCAGAGCCUGACCGCGGGGAGGAGAGCGGCUCGGCUACCCCACAAGGCAGGGCGGGCCGGGAGGCGAUCGUGUGAAACACAAAAAAAAAAAAAAAAAAAGAGCGAGAAGUCAACCGAGAGGGGAGCACAGAGGAAAUGGCCUCUGUCACAGGUCUGUACGCGAGAGGCGGAGCGCUUCAAAAGCCACUGGAGGAAAAGGUGGCACAGAAAACGGCCCCGCCGGGGGUCCCUUCCCAGAGCAGCCGGGGCAGGCUCCACCCCACGGCUACCAGCGCCGUGCUGCGCUUCUCCGGGCUUUGUCCCCACACAACGGUGCCCAGCGCCGCUCGUGCCAGCGGUCGCGGUGACCGCAGGGGUAGCCGGGCCGCAGAUAAAGCCACCCACGGGCAGCCCCGCGCUCGGCCAAGCACCUUCGCAGCCCCGGCGCGGCGCUGUCAGUGACCCGAGCGCCGGCUCCCCGGGGGCUGAGGCAACCAGGCAGCGCCGCAGGUGCCCCCGCGCCCUGCCCCGGCGCCGGGACCUGCCCCAGCCCCAGCCCCGCACCCCCGGCCAGGACCCGCGAGCCCCCGCCGGGGACGACCGAGGGGGGCGGCAGGAACCCAGGCGACGGCUGCGGGCUCCGCUCAGCCGCACGCCGGCUUCCUGCCCCCCACCCCCGCCCCAGCUCCGCACCACGCCGGCCACGAGCCCGCCGCCCCCCCGGCCGUGA